AUGCCGCCUUCAACAUGUUUGCGGAGCUUGUCGCAGCUAUCCCUCGAUGCCAGUACCCACCGCUCGAUUGUACCGCGACUGCUACACCCUCGAGUAGCCUGCUUUUCCACGUCGGCCACGCACUAUGCCCAAGCACCGAAGAAGAAAGGCACAACGGCUGCUCCGAAAAAGGGCGUCAAGUCAUUAAACACCAAGAAGGGCAAGCAGGCGUCGGGAGGAGAUUCGGGCAAACGACCAGCACAGGGAGAGAGGAAAGCGCUGCGGAAACGCAUCGUCCUGAGCAAUAACAACGCACUCGAGGUUUCGUCCCUGAAGGAUCUGAGCAAGGAGAGUGCCUUUAGCGAGCAGAAUGAAGGACAAGUCAUGGGACUACCAGAGCACGUGGUGGAUGCGCUGAGAGCCGUCGAAGCCUUCAAGACAACCCAAGGGUGGAGUCUGUUCCGCAGACCGGCUGUUCUGAUGAGGAAGGAGGCUAUUCAGGUUGCAAAACUCUUCAAAGAGGUGGAAGACUCGGCAAGUGGGCAGCAGAAAAAGACGCUGCGACGGAUUCUCUCGGGAGAGAGGAUGAGUGGCAAGAGCACAUUGCUGCUCCAAGGCUUGACCAUCGGCUUCUUGCGAGACUGGUUUGUUAUCAGUCUUCCAGAAGCCCAGGACAUUGUCAAUGCUCAUACUGACUACGCACCUCUUCCAAAGUCGGAACCGAUGCAGUACACCCAAGACACGUAUACAGCAAACCUCCUCCAACAGAUUUUGAAAUCAAACGGAAGCUUUCUCGAGUCUGCCAAACUGAUCACGAAGCCUGACCUUCCCUUGCCGCUGUCCGCGAAAGCUACACUGAAAGAGCUCGUCGCCUUGGGAAUAGCCAACCCCGAAGUCUCGUGGCCUGUCUUUGUCGCUCUGUGGAAUGAGCUAUCUCAACCCGGCCGACCGCCAAUUCUCCUCGCCGUCGACGGACUAUCCCACAUGAUGGGUGACUCCAAGUACAUGUCCGCAGACGUAAAACCCGUCCAUGCUUACGACCUCACCAUAAUUCGGCUGUUCAUCGACCACCUUUCCGGCCAAAAGCAGCUCCCUAAUGGUGGUAUCGUCCUCGGCGCGACAUCGCAAUCUAACGCGCCCACCUCCCCAGCUCUCGACUUCUGCGUCGGGGUUGCAGAAGCGCAGCAGAAAACACCUGAUAAUGUGCCCCAGUGGAAUCCGUACAAGAAAGUUGAUGUGAGGGUCAUGGAGGCUUUGAAAGACCUGAACAGCGAAAAGAGCGAUUUCGAUGUCAUCAAGGUGGGUGGCCUGAGUAAAGAGGAGGCGAGGGCGAUUAUGGAGUAUUACGCUGAGAGCGGCAUGUUAAGACAUCAAAUCAAUGACAGAUUUGUGAACGAGAAGUGGAGCCUGGCGGGCAUGGGAAACAUUGGAGAGUUGGAGAAGGCGAGUGUACGGUUGAGGCUAUAG